AUGGCUCCCACCAAGCGCUCCUCCGGUUCAGCACCUCUUGCCCCAAAGCGCCCACGACUCCCAAAACGACCUGAAGAACAUGAAGAUUUACUGACUGACGAGUCUGAAAUAUCUUACCGAACAUUGACUCCACUGCCAGCCCGAACUCGGAGUAGUCAAUCGACCACCGCCGCUCAAAUAACUCGGAAAGGUCUUCUCCGUUCCUCCGAAACCCCCACUGGGAGGAGCAGUCCUAGGAGGGUAGAAUUUCAUCUCCCCGAGGACCAUACUGAUAAUUUUGAAGCGCAGGAGGAGCCUGAGGCAAUUGAGGCGCCAGAGGUGGAAGAAACUGUUGAUACUAGCCACUCAGACUAUGAUGAUGCUCCGGAGAAUGACCACGAGAGCUCUGAGGAGGAUGAGGAUGAACCGGAGGAUGAACCUCAAGCCCCCCCCCCAUCUUACACCCAGAAGUCUCAGACUGUCGGAAAGAGACCUCAUACAGUUCAGCCGACUACUGCCAGAGCACUGGGCAAUGCUCGGAGGAAACCAACUGGCGCGGUAGCGGAGGUCAUUGCUUCUUCCAACGUGUCGGUGGACGUGAGGGGAACUCGACCGGGCGCGAAAGUAAUACGUAAACAAGGUCAAGGGAGAGCAGCACCCACUUCAGCAUCCAGCCAGAAUGCAUCCCAGAGAGCACUCCCGGCAUCCCAGAGAGCACCCCCAACACCCUCACAAUCUAGGCCCUCUGCACCUGUUUAUGCUCAUGAGUAUACCUCUUCUACGCGCCAUAUCGAUUUUUCCUCGAUGUGCUCUCGAUACGGGGAGUCGUCCCCCACUUACCGGACAUAUCGUUCUUCACCGCCUAGCGAGGUGAUUGGCGAGAACUCUGUGAGCAGUCGUCAGAUUCCUUCAAGCCAACUUCACGGUCAAGGUAGAUCGCGAAGAGUCUACGAAAUCGAGUACCUUCCCUCAUCUAGGGAAGAGGACGAGAGUACUCCGAUGCCGGAAAGCGAGGGUAUUUUGAUUCCAGGAAGCGAGGUUAGUAUUCCGGAGGACACUCACGACGUCUUUGAGAACACUGGCGACAUUCCUUCGAGCCAAUUGACUCAGAGGUCUGUGGUCCCUAACUCUAGGAGUGCAAAUGUGCUGUCAGUGCAGGCUCAGAGGAUUGAGAAGGAGUGUAGCGUGUUAAUCGGGGAGCAUACUCUUCUACAUGAGCCCUUUCUGUAA